AAAAAAAAAACAAAUAAAUAAAAUAAAAUAAUUUUUUUAUAAUUUUUUUUUCCCAUGAAAAAAUUAUGAAAAAAUUCUUACAAUUUAAUAAAAAUCGUAACCCAGGUGGUGGUCGACAAAUAAGAAAUAGUUUCGCUUUUUUUCGUGCCCAAGAUGAAGGUAUAUCAAAUACUAAUAUACCUACAUCAUCAUUAAGGGAAUCAAAAAGAGAAUCAAAAUUAGAAUCAAAAAGAGAAUCAAAGAGAGAAUCAAAGAGAGAAUCAAAAAGAGAAUCAAAACGAUUACAACAAGAUGUUGAAGGUAUUGGAUAUGGUAUUGGUGCUGGUAUAGGUAAUAAACCUGAAAAAGAAUUCGCUUCAGGUAUAAAAAAUUAUUUAACAAAAAAGAAAAGUCGAACAAGUCAAAGGCAAUCAGUAGCACAAAAUGUACGUUCUUCUACUAUUGAAACUUCUACUAUAAAUGAUUUAAGAGAAGAAAUACAACAACGUGAAGCUAAUGUUUUGGCUUUAGAGAGUAGAAUAAAACUUAUUGAAUCAGAAAAAGAGAAAGUUACACAAGAAUCAAAUAAAUUACAUUUAUUAUUUAAAGAAAAGGAUAAAGAGAUAAAUGAUCUUAAAAAUUUAUUAUCAGAACAUGAUCAUUCAACUGAUGAAUUAAGUGAUUCUGUAAAUAAAAUUAAAAGAGAAAAGAACAUUUUACAAAUUGAACUUGAUAAAACAAAAUCUGAAUUAAAAGUUCGUGAAGGUGAAAUAAGAGAAUUAAAUUUUUCUUUAUUAGAAUGUGCUCAUGAUUUACAAGCUGCAAAAAAUGAUUUGGCUGCUACUAUAACUGAAACUGAUGCUGUAUUAGAUGAUUUACAUUCUCAAUUAAAAGAACGUGAAGAAAUUAUAAUCGCUCAUGAUGCUAAAAUAAAAUCUUUACAACAUGAUUUUGAAGUUACUCAACAAGAUCUUACAAAUGUUAAAUCUGAUUUGGAAUCUACUCAAUCCAUGUGUAACGCUGAAAUUGAAGCUACUCAAGCUAUGUGUUCUGCUGAAAUUGAAGCAACUAAAGCUAAAACUUUGGCUGAAAUUGGUGUUAUAAGAGCAAAAUAUGCUGCUGAACUUCAUGCUGCAAAAGAAGAACAUGCUGAUGAAUUAGAAGCAACAAAAGCUCAACUUACUUUUUUUAAAUCUCAAUUGGAUUCAACAAAAGCUCAACUUUCUUUUACAAAAUCAAAACUUGAAUGGGCAAAAGCUGAUUUAUCUUCUAUUAAAGGUUCUCUUGAUAAUACAAAAGUUGAACUUGCUGCUGUUAAUAAUCAAUUUAAACGUCAAACUUCUGAAUUAAAAUCAAUAAAAUCAAAACUUGAUGAUGCUAAUGUAAUGAUUUCUGAUAGAGAUGGUUUAACUUCUUUUAUAAUACAAGUUUAUCAAGAAGAUAUUAAAAUUGAAAAAGAUCGUUCAAAUGCUGAACUUGAAGAUAUUCAAGAACAACUUAAUAAAAUUAAAACCAUUCAUGAUAAAGAAAAGAAAUCAAAUGCAAAAACCAUUAAACAAUUAUCAAAUCAAGUUCAAAAUUUAACAAAUCAACAAGUUCAAGAAAGGGCCAAAUCAUAUCAAUUAGAAGGAGAGAACGCAAAAUUACGAAAACAACUUGAACAGACAAGAUCACAAGUUUCAGAACAUGAAUUAAUGAAAGAAGAAAUCGCUCGUUUACAGACACAAGUUAUACAGUUAAAGAAUAAGAAACGACGAAGUAUCGUUGCUCAAAUGGGUGAACCAAAAUCUCCUAUAUCUACGGUAACUACUGUAGCAACAACAGCUCUAUCAACACCACCUGAAUCUCCUUGUAAUUCAUAUUCUAGCAACGAUUUAUUUGAUGAAUUAAAUAAAGCUGAUCAAAAUUUCAAUGAAGACAACCAAGUCAAUGGUGGUGGAGUAGUAACUGAAGAUUGGGUAACUGUAACGAAAAGAAAUAGUAAUAGGCGAUCAAGAAGUUCGCUUCGUGGUAAUAAAACAUCAUCUCGAGGACGAAGGUAUUAGACGUCAUCGAUGUUAAAUUCAUUGAAUUUCAGUCAUGGUCCGACAUUUUCUCUUUAAUCAUCAUUUUAUUUUAAAAAAAAAAAAAAAUAUGGUUUCAAGAAAUAAUUAUGCUUAUAAUAAUUUACGAUUAUAUAUAUAAUAUAUAUAAAUAAUACAUUAUAAAUAAAAUUUCUCAUACAUUAAUCACGAAUUC